AUGCCGCGGAUCGAUACGAAUCUGGUGAAAUCUGUCAAGUGGUCAGGGUCGGCGCCUAUAAAACGCGCCCACGCUCGCCCCGACGCCAGCCUCAACCCUUCCACGAGUCGACCGCCACGCAGAACCCAGCGCCUCCACCGCAAGCAUUACAAACAUGGCAAGAAUGGGCGUGGUCUCCCUCGGCCUCGCGCUGCUCCUCCUACAGGCGGGGCGCGCCCUGUCCUCGGGCUCGCCCUUGGUCGGCGACGUCACGACGCAGCCGGAGGGACCGAGCCAGAAGCCCCUCGAGGCUUCGUCUUCCUCCAGCGGUCCCAGACCCGUCGGCGCCUCCCGCGAGCCACAGACGAAGGCGCGGGCCCUGUCUCGGCGGCGCUUUCGCAGGAGGUGAGGCUGGCUGACAUCAUCCUGAGGAUCCUGACGCACGUGCGGGAGGGCGCGCAGGCGAACGCCCCUGGUCAGGCGGGGUCGCGCAGCGCCGAGGGGGGCAGCGAGGCCUGGUGUGGCGUCCUGCUCGCCGGCGGAGAGCCUCCACGCAAGGAGUCCGCGCCGGAAAUGGCCGAGAUCCUGCGCGGGAUUGCGGCGGCGGCGUGCCACGGCCUCCAGCGCCUCGACGGCCUCAAGGACCGCUUCGUGAGCGCCAUCGCCCCCAGCCUGAGCUGGGACGACAUGACCGCCGUCCCCGGAGUCUGCGAGACUCACAUCACGGAAUCUCCUUCAGCGGAAGGCCUGGAGCUGGCGGAGGGUUUGGUGCAGCUGUACAGCUUGCUGCAGCGCCGAAAGGUCCUCAUGAACGACGCCGUGCUCGAGCAGUUCCCGUUCACGGCGCGCGGCUUCGUCUGCGUCGACGGAGGCUUCCUCGCUGACUUCAAGGACAUGGCCAACGACCUUGUCGCGGUGCUGCACGAGGGCGUCCAGGUGGCGACGGCGUGGACGAGGCCGUGACCGCCGAGCUGAGCCGCCAGGUGUUCGCCUUCCCGACGUCCAGCGGCGGCGGCUGCCUCCUCGACUUCUGCGCCCUCAGAGUGCCCGACGC